AGAUAAAUGGAAUAGUGAUGGCUUGGGCUGGGCAGCUUCUGGGUGGUUACGGCGGCCUGGGGACCACGUAUCUGUGUGACCCGGAACAGGUUCUGGAAGCCUUGAAAAAAUUGAGGGUCUCUGAGGAAGACGAGCCACUGCUCAAGUUCACAAUCGCUACCCUCGAAAACCCGCAGCGACGCGACCUUGAGUAGUGAGGACGCGGAAACUAGCCUUGCAGGGUGGAAGUUCUGGAAUGGGGAAGUGUCAGGCGUGAAGAAGUCUCGAUAGCCCUCCUUCAGACAGUUGCGAUUUGUAUAAAUGUUGUUCGCAAAGCAGAGCGGCGUGCAGAACAGUUGGCGUACAUAAAUAGCCAUGCUUUU